CGGUGAGUGUAGACAAACAGCUCCGAGGAACCCUUUCUAACGUAUCUGUGGGUGGUUGGCUGUUUGGACAAAAUAUGGGUGAUCGGGUGAAAGCAGCUCGUGAAAUGGAAAAAUUGUCAUUCAACCUGAUGCCUAAAGCAGUUACUGCUACACUGACGUCUUCGGUAAACUUCAAGGGUCUGCCUCGAGUGAAUGUCAAGGGUUAUCGAGGCAGGCCGAAAUACUCACGGAAAACCCCGAGUUUCGAAGGCAAGACUCCUCGGAAAGCCCCCCGAUCAACGAAAGAAAUUCGUCCAGCAUACAGAACCAAUCAAACCCAAGCCUAUCAAAAGCGGACCCUUUAAAGAGAAGAGUGUACUUGUGCCAUGCACAGAAAUUAGGUAUUUGGGGUUUCUAUAUAAUACAAUAGAUAUGUCCUUAAGCCUACCUAUAGACGAACAAAACAGUAUUUCAGAACAUAUGCGCAGGUUCGUGAAUAAAACAACCUUCCCUAUCCGGGAGUUUGCGAAAUUGAUUGGAGAUUUUAAUAUUGCCAAAAGAAAAGUGGAGAAAGCCAAAACUACCAGAUAUCUAAUCUGCAAAUGGAAAUAUAUCUCAAAGCAAAAUGAUUAGAAAGAACCCAAAAUAUCAUAUCAGUGCCACAGAGGCUUUGGAAUCUGAUGUAAAAUGCACAGUUUUCUCUGCAUUUCCGGAAAACAUUUUUUAAGAUAUUGAAAGAAUUGUCUAAAGUUAUUUCAAAUGAAUUGCCUCAGACGAUUGAUUCAUUUUUAUAGUGAUCUUCAUACUUUCUAUAUAGAUUUAUUUUCAUUGCUUAUAAUAUUACGUGUAAAUGGUCUGUGUCUGUAAGUUAUGAAGUAUGAACUAGAUAUCAAACCUCAAG